UGAGCAGACUGCAGUAGUGAGGGUUGAGUCAGUCAGGUAGAGUAGAGCUCCAGAGAUCCAGACCUAGACGGACACACUUCUUCUCUCACCCGCUCAGAAGCAGCCUCUUGUCAUGGGGAGGAUUGGCAAGGAGGUGUCGGGCCAGGUGCUGUCCAUCAUCGGCUUUGUGGGGGUAUGUGUGACCUGCGGCAUCCCCAUGUGGAGGGUAACCACUUACAUCGGCGCCAACAUUGUGACUGGGCAGAUUAUCUGGGACGGACUGUGGAUGAACUGCGUCAUGCAGUCCACAGGACAGAUGCAGUGCAAGAUGAACGAGUCUGUGAUGAGGCUGACACAGGACUUGCAGUCCGCUCGUGCCCUGGUCAUAAUCUCCGUCUUAUUUUGCUUCAUCGGCCUGGCCGUCACCUUUAUUGGAGCCAAGUGCACCAGCUGCCUCGACAAAGACUCCUCCAAAGCUAAGGUGAUGAUCCUCGGAGGCAUCUUACUGAUAAUCGGGGGAGUCCUUGUCCUCAUUCCUGUCUGCUGGUCAGCAGCGACCACCAUCACAGACUUUUCGAACCCUCUGACAAUCGAGACCCAGAGAAGGGAGCUUGGAGCCUCUAUCUACAUUGGUUGGGGUUCUGCAGGGCUGCUUUUUUUUGGAGGCAUCAUCCUCUGCACCUCCUGCCCACCUCAGCAGCCAAUGUAUGGGUACGGACCUACCUACGCUCAAGCUCCUAUGUACCCUUACGCUGGGCCCAUGAUGAACCCAGGAAACUAUGGCAAAGUAUACGGCCCCCCACCCACAUACUCUGUCGCACCGAGCUACAUGCCCAGCAAACAGUAUGCAGCGUCGGGACCAUACUCUGCUGGAAGGUACCUCGUCAGGGGGAACAAAGUUGACUCCACCCCUGAAAGGAUCUAUCUAUAUAAUCACAGGAACCACAGGCUCAUUGUCAACCAUUCCAGUCCAAGUGAGCUGACCUACUCUUCAACCUCUGCCUAUUUUUCGAUCUACAAAAAGAGACAGAGAAACGUCAAAAUGGUAUCAAUGGGAAGGCAAAUGCUGGGCUUUGCCCUGUCUGUGGUCGGCUUUCUUGGAACAAUCAUUGUGUGCGCCCUCCCCAUGUGGAAAGUCACAGCCUUCAUCGGAUCCAAUAUUGUGACUGCUCAGACCAUCUGGGAAGGCCUAUGGAUGAACUGUGUGAUUCAGAGUACCGGCCAGAUGCAGUGCAAGAUCUACGAUUCUCUCCUGCAGCUGCCUCAGGACCUGCAGGCUGCCAGAGCUUUGGUGGUGAUCUCCAUUAUCGCGUGUAUCUUCGGCAUCCUCCUAGGCAUUGCUGGGGGGAAAUGCAGCAACUUUGUAGAGGAUGAAGUGUCCAAGGCCAAAGUGGCCAUCAGCAGUGGCAUCCUUUUCAUCUUGGCUGGUGUCCUCAUCCUCAUCCCAAUUUGCUGGUCAACCAACACCAUCAUCCGGGACUUCUACAACCCCCUGCUGAUCGAUGCCCAGAGGAGAGAGCUGGGGGCUUCACUCUACAUCGGCUGGGGCACAGCCGGACUUCUUAUCCUUGGAGGAGCCCUUCUCGCCAGUUCCUGUCCACCCAAAGAGGACAAGCCCUACCCAGUGAAGUACUCACAGGCAAGAUCCACAGCCACCAGCAGAGCCUAUGUCUAAACUAAGGACUGGUUAGGAAACAAUGUUCUAUAUUUGUGUGAUUUUUGGUACUUCCCCACCGCUUCAUAACCUUUCCAGAUAUAGCAGAACAUUGAUUAAAUAACUGCACUGAGAUCUACUGUAUUACGUAACUUGGAAGAAUUGUCUCACACAUAGGAUGCUGCUGAAUGAACUGAAAGGAAUACUAUUCUUAACUUUAACUCACACCCAAUGAAUCUUUUAAAAUAUUGUUAAUUGAAAGUUAAAUGUACCUUCAACAUAAUUGUUCAGAUUGUAGGUUUUGUACAGUAUGUCAUUAAAUGUUUUGUAAAGAGCUAUUUGAUUAAAUGUAAAUCAAUGAUUUAAGUUUUAAAGAAA